AUGGUUGUAAUGAGUUUUCUAGCUGAUACUAGUACUCCUACUGCGUCAUUUGUUCAGCCUUCUAGUACUCUUUUCAAUCGUAGUGGUAGAGGUAAUACAAGAGGUAGGGUACAAGUAGUCGGUCACUACUGCUACACCCAUCCAUCUUCUGAGCAAACAAUUAUCGUUUCUACAGAUGAAUUUGCCAAAUUCACUCAGUACCAAGAAACAUUGAAAAAUUCAUCUCACUUUAUGUCUACUCUUGCUGAGACAGGAUCUUAUGACGAAAAGAUUAUUGAUAAAGGACAUGAAUCAAGUGGCUUCUAUGUUCUGGAUACACAGGUGCCCAAGUCCAUUGCGUGUUCAGGUUUCUCAACUCCCUUUGAAGCUCAUUGUUGGUUGGGACAUCCAUCUUUAUCGUUGUUUAAGAAAUUAUGUUCUCAAUUUCAGAAUGUAUCAUCUUUAGAUUGUGAGUAUUGUCGGUUUGCAAAACAUUAUCGUUUGUCUUCAGUUCAUCGAGUCAAUAAAAGAGCCAGUUUUCUUUUUCAGUUAGUUCAUUCAGAUGUUAAGGGUCCUUGUUUUGUUAAUGUAGUGGUUGAAAGGAAAAAUAAACAUUUUCUUGAAAUAGCUAGGGCACUCUCGUUCCAACGACAAUUUUGGGUUGAUGCAGUGUCCACAACCUGUUUCUUGAUUAAUCGAAUGCCUUCAUUUGUUCUUCAUGUUGAGACGCCUUAUAGUGUCAUUUUCCCUACUAAACCCUUAUUUUCUAUUGAACCUAUAAUAUUUGGUAGCACUUGUUAUGCUCGUGAUGUUCAUCCCCAUGUAACUAAAUUAGACAUCAAAUCCUUAAGAUGCAUUUUUUUGGGUUACUCUCGUCUACAAAAAGGGUACCGAAGCUAUUGUCCGAGUUUUAACAAGUAUCUUGUAUCAGCUGAUGUCACCCUUUUGGAACAUAUUCCUUUCUUUCCCACUUCUUAUACUUCUUCCAGUAAGGAUGAGGAUGAUGAUCUGUUGAUUUAUCAGGUCACUUACCAGUCCAAUAAUGUUGCUUCUACACUAGUUCUUACACCACCACCACAUAUUCACCAGGUGUAUUCCAAAUGUCAAAACCAUCCUGAUGCAUGUUUGCACUUGACUCCUCUUCGGCAUCGGAUCCAGUGUCCAGUGAUCUUGAUCUAUCUAUCACUCUUCGCAAAGGUAAACAACAUUGCACUUAUCCUAUUUCAUCAAUUUUUUUAUAAUCACUUGUCCUCUUCUUUUUGUUCUUUUGUUGCCUCCAUAGACUCUGUGACUCUACCAAAAACUGUUUAUGAAGCCUUAUUCCAUACAGGUUGGCGUGAUGCUAUGAUAGAGGAGAUUAGCGUUUUAGAUGCUAAUGGUACUUGA